AUGUCCUCUUCCGGUACCGAGCCGUCGGUAUCUGAGGCUGACAAGCUAGAAGGUGACGAUGUUGCUGCUGCCGAAGCUGUACCCUCAAAGAGUGAGGCGACAGGGGUCGACGGUUGUAGUGCUGAGGAGGCUGGUGUUGCAGUUGGAGGAAAGGAGGAAGUGGAGCCGGUAGUCACUGACAACGUUGGGGAGAAGAGGCCUCGUGUGGAUGGCGCUGUUGAAGACGAUUCUCCCAGUGAGGAACCUCCUACUAAGAAGGCCGCCGCGGGUGAUGGAGAACAACAACCAUGCGAGACUGAAAUCAACGCCGAUGCAUCGGCUGACGCCACUGGAGUGAAAACGAUUGCUACUCCCGAAGGUCCUACUGAGUCUGAUACUAGCUUUACGGAAGGGUCUGCCUCUGCUCCGACAACCAAUCCUGUUACCACCCACGCUGAACCCGUUGCUCGGCCGAUCGGACCAGCGCCUCCACAAGAUGGAGCCGACCUGCACCACUGGGGAGCUGAUGCUGGACCGUUUCGGCACACGGUGAAUGUCCCACAGCACUGUGUGGCGCAGAUCAUCGGUAGGGGCGGGGCGAAUUUGAUGAGCACUCGCAACACGACUCGCUGUCACAUCGAGUGUGAUCAGCAUACGAAGGACAACGGCUAUUCUCUCUUUCAUAUUGACGCCACUAGUGAGGAGGACCUUCAGCGAGGCGUACGUGCGAUCGAGCGUCAGACAAAACCCAUGCACCCACUUGAGGGGGAAGUGCAGCAAGUCGUUAUUGUUCCUGACGAGCGGGUUGGCGAUAUUCUGGGCCCUCGGGGAUGCGUUGUGAAGGUGAUAUCGGAUCGCACAGGGUGCCGAAUCGACAUCCAGCAGCGUGGCCUUCAACGGGGAGAGCCCCGCGAGUGCCGUAUUGUUGGUUCACCCGAUGAAGUCCAGGCCGGAAUACGGAUGGUUGAAGGCAUUAGGGACGGCAGUGUUGAUGUCAAGGCGAUCAUCCAUGAUUUUGAGCUCGCCAACCCGGCCUUUAGACGCGAGCAGGAAAUGCGUGCUGCUGCUGCUGCUGGUGGUGGGUGGAUGGCCCUUGGGAAGGGCGGUGGCAACAAUAUGUGGGAGACUCCGUAUGGCAUGAGGGGUCCUCUCAUGCCUCAGCAGGCUUCUUCUUAUGGGGUGCCUGCUAUGGUUGAUCAAUGGUCUCAUCUGUUGCCCGCGACUGGGCCGAUGGACAGAGCUGUUGUUGAUGUCCCCUCCGACUGUGCUGGCCUUGUUAUCGGUCGUGGAGGAGAGAGCAUCAAGGCCUUGCAAGCUGACUGUAGCUUGUCGGAGUGUCAGAUUGAGAAAGGUGUGGACCAGCGGACACCUCGUAAGAUGACUUUGCAGGGACCGGCGACGGGAGUUCAGGCCGCGAUAAUGCAACUAUCGAUGAAAACCAAUGGGAGGAUCGUCACUAUAGUGCAACAGCAGUACCCAAACUACCAGCCACAACAACAGCAACAAGGGCCUAUGAUGACGAUGCAACAACAACAACAACCGCAGCAGCAGGGUUAUACUGGAAUGCCUCCAUCACGAGAAGGCUAUGGCAUGCCAGGUGGGAUGAUGAUGAUGCAGGGUGGCGGUAGCGGGGGAAUGGACCCGAUGGCGGCUCAGUAUUAUUCCCAGUGGAGCGCAUAUCAACAGCAACAGCAACAGAUGAAUGUGAACAACCAGCAGAAUGCCGCAGCCUGGAGGAACUACUACGCUCAAAUGGGAAAUCCUCAGACACCCCCGUAUCGAGGUGGUGGCCGACAGUAACAACACGACCAAGCGAUUGGUCUAAAGGAUGAGAUGUUCUUCCUCGGGAGCUGAUCUCGAAGUAAGCCCCAUCAUGUUUAGGACAUUUAAUGAUGAUUUCGGAAGUUGUGAAAUUCAAUAAUUGCACGUGUAAGCAGCAGGGUAUUGGAUCUACUAUGGUUGGUGGCUUGUAGGACCUGUUCGCUGAACGUGCCUUAUUGCGUUUCUCGACGGGAUACGGCUCGCAGUGAUUCGAUUGAAGUCGUCUUUGGGCUUGCGUGCGUGCGGCUGAUGACGCUUCUCCUUUUCGGCUCGUGGUGGUGUUUGGUUUCGCUCUUCGUGCCCUGCAUCACGGUAAGGGUUUCAUUCGAAAUCGCUUUCCUAUUCGUGAUGACAUUUUUGCUGCUCAGGUCUGUGAAUAUAACUUCUAGACCUAGUGGGAGAAGACCUACCUUAUCAGUUGAGAAGCUAUGUGGAGUUUCUCGGG